UCAGCGCAAUCAUCUGUGCAUACUGGUGCAUACCAUAGCGGAGGGGACAGCAGGAACCGGUGCCAAUAACAGUUUGCUACAAUUUUGCUACGUGUCAUGUGUGUAAAUCUGAUUUGCACCAAAAACUGACGGACGUGGCUUUGUACUCCUUUCUCGCAACUGGUCGCCUCGCGCGUCCUCAAAGGUAGUAAUAUCUCGACGCUUACGAAUCGAGACUAUUAUUCUGGAAAGUUCGCGUGAACGAAGCUGUUGAAACAUGCGGCAGUUAAAAGGGAAAACGAAAGAGACGAACAAACAGAAGAAGGAGCGGAAAAAGGAGUUUCUCGAGAACAAACAACGAGUGUUUACGGUCGUGUUGCCCACCGUAGCUGCGAUGUUUGUGAUAAUAGCGGCGUAUGUUUAUGUUAAAACCCGUCCAAAACUGCUCGAGUACUAACGAUCAUACGCCACUUCUCUCGUCGUCCAUUCGUUCAGAUGUGAGUCACAUCUGAAUGACACCUUAACAAUGUGCGUCGAAAAUGUCCUCGCUUGUACAUUCUUUCAUAUUUUCUAAAAAGGAGCACAUUCCAUUGUUGUUGUUUUUUUUUUUUUUUUUUUUUUGAGGACACCACAUCUAAAUCAUAUUGGAAACAAGAUGCCGUUUUUGCAAAUGUCUGUAUUGUUUAAUUUGAUUAGAGGAUAUUUUUCAAGCCAGGAUUUAUGUAAUAUAUUCAGAUUUAUAAUUAUCAGACGACAUUAAGAGAUGUGGAGAAGGGGGGGGGGUGCAAUGUUUUUUACGAAAACAUUACAAACAUGAAAAAAGUUUAUUUAUAUUGCAUUUCUAAUAAACGGUAAAAUUUAUUCACAUUGAGUAAUGUAUCGAGUUUACCUUAAUUUACGUCUUCCUUGAUUUUUUUCUUUCGUGCAUGUGCUUCGUUUCGUCAUUGAAAUUUCAUAGUUGUACACAUAUAUACAGAAUUUUGGGUUCUACAAAAAAAAUGUUCUGUCUGAUUAUUUUUUUUAAUACUUCUGUAAACAUCACACAUAAGGAGAGUUCAUAUCUGUAAGAUACACGUUUUAAUAAUUAUAUAUAAGUUUUAAUAAUUAUAAAUUGAAUUGAGAGUGUUAGCAUGUAAAGCAUUUGAAUAAUGAAUAUGGGUCCAAUGAAAAUAUAUUUGUUAUAUAUAACAAA